ACAGACAGAAUAUCUAAGCCCCUCUGGCCACCCAGCCACACACCAAGAAUCUGCUGGGAGUCUGCUUAGCACCAGGACUUUAUUGUGGGUUCCAGGGGCUUGUAAUGAGCAAGGGGGGUUUUGCACAGUCACUGUCUGGUGUCCAAUGUCAUUUCCUUUAAAAAGAUGAUCAUUAGGGCUGGUUUGUUAAUGACCAAUGGCCUACACACAAUGACUCAGGAUAACCCACAUCCUUGCGCUCAAAGAGGACAAGAAACUUCAGUUCCUAAAUCUAGUCACAACUCAAAUCAGUGGCACAGUGAAAGAAGAUUUCAAGCAACCUACCCCCCAGCAGGUUGCAGGACUUUCGGGAAGCCCUUGCUGGGGCCAUGCCAUUUUGAUGACCCCCAUAAUCACUGUGGAAACAACAGCUUCCACACAACCCAUGCCGAGAACAGCCCAGUGAGGCCCCGCAUACUGACGGUGGUGAGGCCAGGCAGGAGGACGCACCUGAGGAAGAUCACUAUCCUCCUCAACAGGCGCUCGGUGCAGACCUUUGAGCAGCUGGUCGCGGACAUAUCUGAGGCUCUUGGGUACCCUCGCUGGAAGAACGACCGCGUCAAGAAGCUCUUCAACCUGAAGGGCAGGGAGAUCCGGGGCGUCUCAGACCUCUUUCGCAGUGAUGAGGUCUUUGUGGCCAGUGGAAGAGACAAGCUGUCCUUGCAGGACAUCGAGGAGGUCCUGGAGGAGCUGUACCCAGACAGCCCAGGUUACCAUGGCCACGUGUUGCAGAACUGGGAGAGGGUCCUUGGACAAGCGGUCAACGCGUCCAAGGCUGACAGCGGUUUCCACGAGGAGCUGGAGCCCGCUAGAAAUGUCGUGCCGGCAGCAGCCGAGGGCUUCCAGAGAGCCGGGGUCAAAGCCUGCCAAGAGGAGAGGCAGAGAGCAAGGCAGCAAGAGAAGGACAGAGGAGAGGGCCGGCAGGGUGAAAAGACCCAGACGAGAAGGGCAAAGGAGGCCUUCCUUCCCAAAGUUAAGAUUGAAAAGACUGAAAAACUCAAUGCAAUAUAUGCCCCCUGCACAAGCUACUGCAAGAACUGUAAGCGAGGCAGAGGUGGGCGACAGCAUGGCCCGAUGAGAGGACGGGUCUCAUCUCCCACCAGAGACAGCCAGGUGGGGGAGGAGGACCAAUCCCUGGAGAUGAGAAGGGCACCGCAAAGAUAUUCACGCAGUGUUCAUGAGCGACCUUGGGAGAGGCUGAAGGGCCGGGAGCGCAACAUCAUGGAGAGCCAAGGUCGUGGCGAUGGCUCUUUUGGCCCCAAAAGAAAGGAGGUACAGAGUAGGAAGAUGUAUAAUGAUAGACAGCAGGAUGCCGAUGAAGAGACACCAGCUGGGAUUAAGGAGCCUCCUGAAGCUGAGCCUGGAAAAGCAGCUCAUAAUCCUCUCAGUGAUGGACAGACUAGCACAGUGAAAGAGAACAGCUUCGUCUCACUUCCCGCUUCUGAACAUUCGCCAGAACAGCAUGGGGAUAAGAGUUUGCAAGAAAACUUGGAAGAGACAAAAGAGGGUGCUUCUGAGGGAAAAGAGCCUAGGAAGAACCUUGAGACAGGGACUCAAUCUGAAAACGACCUUGAUGCCAUGCUCCCGCUGGGGCCAGUGAGCACGCAGGGCGGCAUCGAGCAGCUUUAUGACAUUGGCCGCGUCAUCGGGGAUGGGAACUUUGCUGUGGUGAGGGAGUGCAGGAUGCAGAACUCCGACACCCGCUAUGCCAUGAAGAUCAUCGAUAAGGAAAAGCUGAAGGGGAAAGAGCAAAUGAUCCAGAGCGAGAUCUCCAUCGUCCGAAGCCUCUCGCAUCCGCACGUGGUGCGGCUCCUGAGGGACUACGAGACAGAGGACCAGAUCUACCUGCUCAUGGAGUUUGUUCAUGGCGGGGACCUCUUUGACGCCAUCACAGAGAACGUGAAGUUCAAUGAGCACCACACAUCCCUCAUGAUCAGGGACAUAAGCAAAGCGUUAGCCUAUAUACACAGCAAGAGCAUCGUGCACAGGGACCUGAAGCCAGAGAAUCUGCUGGUCCAGCAUAACCCAGAUGGAAGCAGCACUCUGAAACUCGCUGAUUUUGGGCUGGCCAUGGUGGUCACCGAGCCCAUCUUUACUGUUUGUGGAACCCCAACCUAUGUGGCCCCUGAAAUACUCUCAGAAAAAGGUUAUGGCCUACCUGUAGACAUGUGGGCGACUGGCGUGAUCCUCUACAUCCUGCUAUGUGGCUUUCCUCCCUUCCGCAGUCAGGAAAAGGAUCAGGACGAGCUGUUUGAGCUCAUACAGCAGGGGGAGUAUGCCUUCCUGCCCCCCUACUGGGACAGUAUUUCUGAUGGUGCCAAGGGGUUGAUCAGAGGGCUGCUUCUGGUGGAUCCUGGGACGAGGCUAACAGCUGAGCAGGUGCUACGUCAUCCAUGGGUGCAGAGUGAAGCUCGAGAGGGCAGCCUCCAGGAGGACGGGAACACGGUCAAUGCUAACAUCUCUGUUUCGAGCCAGCAAUCCACUGAACAGUAAUCCAUUUUGGGGACAUGCAGUGACAUCGGUUGGCUGACUGUUUGCCACUGACAAGAGAAGCUGGCUUCAUGAAACCCAUAAUGGAUGGAGCUGCCAUGUAGUCUCAGUGGACAAAUGGUAUGAACAAAGUAUAUCACUUUAUUCACCUCACCACUUGAUUGGUUCAGAUUAGUGAGUCACUGAUAACAUAUGACCCCCCAGGCACUAUGGACUCAGGAAACCUCCGUUGUCCCACAGUUACCAUGGCAAACGGCAGCUAAUGGAAUCUGCAGGAAGCUCCUGUUCAAAAAGGAAAAAUAGGCCAUAUUCAUACACACAUAAGAGAAUGUUCAGUUCCAUUCCAUCAGUACAGAGAUCAAUUUUUUAACAAAGUGCCAAAGACACCAUGCGGUUGGCCCUGAAAUUUCAGGAUGUCACACAGAAAUUGUUUUAUCACAAAGCUUGAUUCUGAAGAAAUUACAUGAGCACCAAUUUAUAUAUUGGUAUAUGUUCCUGUAUUGUUGAAAUAUCUGACUUAGGGGAAACCACACUUUUCAUGAUGUCAAAAACUAUGAUUUCAGUAUUAUUUUUAAAAAGAUAUGAUUACUUAAAAACCAUCAGUGUUGAUCUUUGGUGGUCAUACCAAGUUGGUUGUUCUGAAAAAAAUUAUAAAAUAAAUAAAAAACUUUUUUUUUUUUUCAGUCAUUUGAGUUCAAAUGUACUAUGAUAUCAGAUCAUCUAUGGCACAUACACACAUUACAGUUAUCAUUCACUAAUUAUCAUGAACUGUUGAACACACAAACAUAUAUGACAUAUCCAAUACAGUAUAUAUUUAUCAUUUUAAUGAGCUAAUUAUGAUUAAUAUU